UAACGCAACAGGUGCUUUGUGUGUCACCUACCUUAAAAAAUGGCAGCAGAAGAAGGCAGACGCACUCGUCAGGACCUCUAUCUAGAAAUUUCGAGAGAACUCACUGAUGAAGAAGUCUGCGACAUUCGCACUUACAUCGGCGGCAGUAAAGUACUACCGGCGGGCUCCAUCCAGCGUGCCACCGCCCAGGAGAUGUUCAACAAGCUGGAACGAAAAGGGGUGUCCAAAAAGGGAGACCUUUCGUUUUUGGCGAAAGUUAUGGAAAGUAUCGACAGACAGGACUUUGCCGACGCAGCGAAUGAGAUAGCCGAGCAGGAGAGGGAAGCUCUUGUGAAGGGAAAGGCCAAACAAGACGACAAUAGGAAACCAUCAUCUGGCGACUAAACUGAAAGGAAGAACACUUACACAAGAAAGGAAGAACACUUGCACAAGAAAGGAAGAACACUUGCACAAGAAAGAGAGAACACUUGCACAAGAAAGGAAGAACUCUUGCACAAGAAAGGAAGAACUCUUGCACAAGAAAGAGAGAACACUUGCACAAGAAAGGAAGAACUCUUGCACAAGAAAGGAAGAACUCUUGCACAAGAAAGGAAGAACACUUGCACAAGAAAGAGAGAACACUUGCACAAGAAAGGAAGAACUCUUGCACAAGAAAGGAAGAACACUUACACAAGAAAGGAAGAACACUUGCACAAGAAAGGAAGAACACUUGCACAAGAAAGGAAGAACACUUGCACAAGAAAGGAAGAACUCUUACACAAGAAAGGAAGAACACUUGCAUAUAAGUAAGGAAGAACACUUGCACAAGAAAGACUUUAAAUUAGAUUCUCCUCAUUGAUCAUCGCCCUUUGCUGUAGAGUUUACAAAAUGCAAGUCUGUCUUGUCAUGGUCAUGAGCAGUGAUAUAAUUACUGCAUUCCUAGUCCUACAGGAAGGAAACAUUAUAAGGUUCUUUAUGUAUGAAUAUACGUGUUUGAAAAGAAAAUGUGAUCACUUAGAAUACAUCUUUAAAAGUUAUUCUUUAUUCUUUACUCUUUUGUGUA